AUGGCAGCUCCAACUCAGCUUGCUUACCGUACGGUGAAGGGCAUCGGCAUCUUGGAUGCUGCGCCGGUUUACGAACCCUUGGCUGGUUUCGUUAGACCUGAAGGGAACCUCCGGUGCUCCGCAUACUCCGCCUGCGGCCGAUAUUUCGCUUGGGCUGCCCCAGAAGGUGUCACUAUCGUCGACCCUUCCGUGGGCCACAUAGUCAACCAGAUUCCUGCAGAGAAUGUCUACGAGGUAGAUUUUUCGCCCCUGGGCACAUAUGUCAUUACCUGGCAGCGGCCAUCCAAGGACGCCAACGGUGAUGCAGUUCGGAAUCUCAAGGUGUGGAAGGUUGCCACCGAAAAUGAAGCCCAAGACCAGCAGAUCCCGAUUGGCAGCUUCGUUCAGAAGUCACAGACAGGCUGGAAUCUGCAGUAUGCCUCGGACGAACAAUAUUGUGCUCGGGUCGUGACAAACGAGGUGCAGUUCUACGAGAGCGGGAACCUUGGAACUGUUUGGAAGAAACUGAGGGUCGAAGGCGUCUCGGACUUUGCUCUUUCACCGGGCAAGGGACACGCCGUCGCCACCUUCAUUCCCGAGAGAAAGGGCCAACCUGCUUCCGUCAAGAUAUUUGAUAUGCCCAACUUCAAUGCUCCUGUUUCGCAGAAGUCAUUCUACAAGGGCGACAAGGUGCAGCUGAAGUGGAAUAAUACCGGAACCACUUUGAUCGUGCUCGCUCAGACCGACGUCGAUAAGAGUGGUAAGAGUUACUACGGAGAGACCACCCUGUAUCUCCUCAGCGUUAGUGGCACGUUUGAUUCUAGGAUCGACCUAGACAAGGAGGGCCCAAUCCAUGAUGUUACAUGGUCUCCUACCUCCAAAGAAUUCGGUGUAGUGUAUGGAUACAUGCCUGCAAAGACCACCAUCUUCAAUACCCGUGCUGUUGCCACACAUUCUUUCCAGCUCGGCCCACGAAACACAAUUCUGUUCUCUCCACACGGCCGUUUUGUUCUGGUUGCUGGCUUUGGUAACUUGGCAGGCCAAAUGGACAUUUACGACGUGGAGAAAGACUACAAGAAGAUCGUUACUAUUGAGGCAUCGAACGCCAGUGUCUGUGAAUGGAGUCCAGACGGCAAGCACAUCCUCACUGCUACCACCAGCCCACGCCUACGUGUCGAUAACGGCGUUCGUAUCUGGCAUGUUACCGGUGCGCUGAUGUACAACGAGGACAUGAAUGAGCUGUACUCCGUGGCGUGGCGGCCACAGUCUCCCAACAGCCACCCACUGACAUCGAAUCCCCUUACCCCCGUGCCGAGCCCGCACCCGUCUGCUACAGCUUACCUGAGCACCAAGAAAGCGCCCACCAAGCCAGCAGGUGCAUAUCGCCCUCCCGGUGCUCGAGGACAGAGUACACCACUUGCUUUCCGCCGCGAGGAUGAAGGAGGUGCCGCAUUUGUCCGUGAAGAAUCGUCCGCGUUUGGAUCGAAUGGCGGCUCCGCUUCUCCCUUCGGCAAACCCCGUCGUCGUGCUGUACCCGGUGCUGAACCAGUGGAAGAGUUCCUACCACCCGGAGCCGCUCCGGGAGGCGGAGUUGCUCUACCCCCUGGGGCUGACGCCGGAUCCGAGAAGUUGUCCAAGGCUGCUGCAAAGAACAAAAAGAAGCGAGAGGCCAAGAAGGCCAAGGAAGCCGGUGCUGGCGGCCAAGGGGACAACGGCGAGACUUACAUGUCUACCGCACCUGGUUCGGACAGGCGGGAUCGCAGUCGCUCCCGAGGUCACCGUCAGCAACCUAGCGGCGGCGCGAACGGUGCCAACGGCACGAACCUGGACCCUAACCAUCCCCGUAAUGGCCGGGACCGAAGCAGAAGCGCCCACCGCCGCCAGCGUAGCGAUGGCCGCACCGGCACACCCAACCGCAACGGUAACGCCAACCAUCCCCAUGACCGCCGUGCACCAGCCGUCAACGUCAACACCGCUAGCCGCCAACAAGCCGCACCACCAGAUUUGACCGUCACUUCUCCCGAUGGCGGUAAUACUGCCAAUGCUGUACCCGACGCAGCAGCCAUUGCUCGUGACAAGAAAAUGCGCAGUCUCCUGAAGAAGGUCCGCGCCAUCGACGAGCUCAAGAUGCGUGUUGCCAGCGGUGAGAAGCUGGAGGAGACCCAGAUGAAGAAGAUUCAUACUGAGGAAUCGGUUAGGAACGAGCUGGAGGCCUUGGGAUGGACCGGCUGA